UUUAUGCUUUGGCGCCGGCGUAGUGACCGGCCGUCAACUUUCUCCCCUCACAAGGCCUCGUUGACAGUUGAAUAUAUAAGUUCAUUUCAAACAAUAUAAAGAAAGAUGAUCACAUAUGCAAUUUUCUAGCUCCAGCUGCGUACAGUCAAAUAUACCUUAGAAAAAGAUAUAUAUAUUGGGAGUCAACGUCGAGAGUUAUGAAACAAAGGACCUUGAGAGAAGAGAGACCCAGCAUGGCUUCAUCUAGUGGCGGUGUUCCGCCCGGCUUCCGGUUCCAUCCCACGGAUGAAGAGCUUCUUCACUACUACUUGAAGAAGAAAGUUUCAUUUCAGAAGUUUGAAAUGGAAGUUAUCAGAGAGGUCGACUUGAACAAGAUUGAGCCCUGGGAAUUGCAAGAGAAGUGCAAGAUUGGAUCAACUCCACAGAAUGAGUGGUACUUUUUCAGCCACAAGGACAGAAAGUAUCCGACAGGUUCAAGGACAAACCGAGCAACAAAUGCUGGAUUUUGGAAAGCUACUGGUAGGGACAAAUGCAUAAGGAAUAGCUUCAAGAAGAUAGGUAUGAGGAAAACCCUAGUUUUCUACCGAGGAAGAGCUCCCCAUGGCCAAAAGACUGACUGGAUCAUGCAUGAGUACAGGCUUGAAGGUGCUGAUGACCCUCAAGGAAAUCAAAAUGAUGAUGGUUGGGUGAUUUGCAGAGUUUUCAAGAAGAAACACUUAUUCAAAGUUGGUAACGAAGGGGGUGGCGCAGCCUCAUCAGAUCAACUGAACAGCACAUCAAGCCAUCACUCUCGUGCCUUCAACAGCCAAUAUCUGCUACAACAACAGGCGCAGGCGCAGGGGCAUGGCCUAAACUAUUCCUACAUCCCUCUAGCUUUGCCACCAUAUAAUUCUCACGUCCAACUUCAAGCACAAAACUUCAUUCCCACUAACAAGCCAUUGGGAUAUCAUGACUUCUCUGGGACAACUACUGAAUCACCUAUUAUGUUGAAGCAACUAAUGUCUAGCACCGAUAGCGGUUGCAGUGACCAGAACCUCCCUUACCAGCAGGAGGUGGGAAGUAGUUGUGAUCAUCAGAAUUUGAACGAAUGGGGAAUGAUUGCGAAUGACGAUUCAGCUAAAACUACCGGAGUCAGGUUCGACCAUGAUGCAAAUACUUCCUCCAUGAAUCAAAUCAAUCAGCUUUCCGUACGUGGGGAAGAAAUGGAUUUCUGGGGUUACACUAAAUAAUACCCACACUUGGUCUCUGGAUUCUUAUUAAAUGUAUAAGUAGAGUU